AUGGCUUCAGAAGAGGUGAUCUUCACGGUAGAGAAGCUGGUCGGUGUUAAAGUUGUUAAAGGAAAACGAUUGUACGAAGUUAAAUGGAGCGGAUUUGAUAACAAAGACAACACAUGGGAACCAGAAGAGAGCUUUAUUGUAAGGAUAUUAGGGUUUGUAACAAAACAUUGUCCUCAUUUGAACAUGAUCUCUGUAUAUUAUACGUAAGACACUACAAACGGUACCAGAAGGACUAAUAGCUAACAUAAGAUUAGUUCCUUCCAAAUCAAAUCAAAUCUCAAUAUAAUAUACCAUAUUAUCCUUAAUAUCGCUCCUUUCCUUCCUUUCAACCUCAAGUUAUACCUAAUUACAGGAUCGAACUCCAGUCGAAAAGUUCGAACGAGGUCGAGCAGCAGCAGUUCUACGAAAACAACGUGCCAAUAAAAGUCGAUUCACCGAUGGACCGGUCAAAAAGAAGCCCAAGAAGUCCAAAGUGCCAAAGAAAUCUGAAAAAUUACCUAAAAUUCCAAAGAAAAAGGAAAAAGAUGUGAAAGUAGAGGUAAAAGCAGAAGAAACUCCAGAAAAUGUUGAGGAACUCCCAGAAGAAAAGGUUGAAAAAGCUCCUGAAGAGAAGGUUGAAGAUGCUCCAGAAGUUUCAAGCACAGGCCGGCUUAUCACAGUUUGUUUUUUAUCUUUUUCCUCUGUUUUUUGCCUGAUUUGGCAUUUUUUCCUUCGUUUUCCUCACGUUUUACAACUUUUUAGGUAUUAAUUUUACGAUUGCUGCACGUAAAGAUGUAAUUCGUAUCCGCACACAUUUUCGGCUCUAGAAAGAUAUUACCUGAUCAUUUUAUCAAGUUUUAAGCUCAGCUUUCGCUUGUUUUCACUGUCUUUCCUCAAGUUUAAUAUUGUACUUUCUCAAUAGCCGUUUUUAACCAUAGCUUUUACAAAAAUGGUCAAAAUUCGUAAAUUUCAGCCGUCACUAAAGAAUCGGCAACCUCCUGAACUCAAAAUGACACAGAAAACCAGGAAAAUGACGGUAAAAGAGGAGCCGAAGGAGGAAUCGUAUGUUGUGGAUGCUGCUAUUCCCAAUAGCCAAGAGAAGAGAAUAACUAGACGACUGAUCAAGGAAGCGAUGAGGCCAGAAGCCGAGAAGAGGCGGAAAGAGAUGAUUGUGAGUUUUAUUAGUGAUUUACAGGUUGAUUUUCCAUUUACUUUUAUAGUUAUGACCCAUUUUCUGGAAUAUUUUAAAUUUACGACAUAUUUUCUGGAAUUUUCCGGUUUACCACGAAAAUUUUAAUUAGAGAGGCGAAAAGUGCAAUUAUAAAGUGAAAUUAUUUGAAAAAUUAGUAGAAUAUCUCAUACCAGCCAUAGCUUUCCAUUAAUUGAUCAACAUCUUGCAGGAACUGAUGGCCAAACGGGUAACGGAGAUGGAACGACAAUAUGUCUACAAUUUCCCCAAAACGUGCUAUCUCGGGAAGGCUGUCAAACCCGAGGAUGUGGCCGACUUUAGCCCAACGGAUCUGAUAAUUUAUGAACGGGUUUGUGAACAACAAGAACAGCAGGAGCUGAAGAAGAAGGCCUUCGAACUGGAGAAGCAGCGACGAGAAGAGGCCAAGAAGAAGCAGCAAGAAAUCUGUCAGCAGCUGAUUCUGGGUCAUGAACAGAAGACGAAGGAGUACGUUCAGGAAAUUGUAAGUUUAGGCAAGAUACGCUGUGUUACGAAUAUAUUUAAAAUGGUUAUUAUCAAGUAAGAGCAAAGUUGACACAAAAAUUAAGGGAAAAACUUGACUCGAAAGAUAAAUGCUAAAAUUAUCUCAAAUCUGUAAAACGCCAAUAUAUACUACCAUUUAACGUUUACUAUGACGUUUUCUAUUAGAAAAAAAAGGAAAAUUCAUUAAAUUUACCUUAAAGUUGUGUUUCAUCUACUACAAUAUCAAAAAACCCAUUAUUAAUCUAUAUUGUUUUAGGUUGAACGAACUAGCCGAUCAUUUAAAAAGCUCAAAGAUGAAUACAUAUUUUCUAACCCUACCACUCAGUGCCUUGAAGUGAUGUUGGUAUUGAAUACAGAAGAAGGUGGAGCUGCUGUUCUAAAACUAAAGCAAGGUUUUUCGUGUUUAUUCGAAACUGUUCCAUUGGAAAUGGCAGCUGAGAAAGCUCCAACACUUUUGGGAGAGUACAUGAAAGACUUGGCUGAAAACAAAAAACGACGAGAAAUGUUGGAAAAGCUGAUGAAUGAGGUAGAUGGUGAAAAUAAUGGUGCUGAAGUUAGUUUCGAGGAAAGGUCGGUUGACAAAGAUGUGGAAGAGAAACUUGAAAAGAACCAGACGUCCAUGGAUGAUUCUCAAAGCUCAGUGGCUGAUGAGGAAGUCGUUGUUGAUAAGAGAUUGAGGCGAAAACGAGAGAAUUUACCAGUAAGGAUCAGAGGAAAGUUUGUGUCUGCCAAGAAGUUGGAGUACAUGAGGAAAAGAGAUGCCAAUCUAAAGUUGGCUCAGGCUACAAGCGGUCAGAAAACUUGUGAACAUGUAGCUGAAGCCAGCAAUCACCAACACAACACGGAAACUUCUGAAUUCUUUGAAGAAGAACAAGCUUCUUUGAAUGAUUCUACUUUUUAUGAAGGCAAUACCUCUCAAGACUAUGAUAACAUGACUUUGGAUGAAUCUAUGGCUUCGCAAGGCCCUUCGUCUAACCAUCUAGAUGACGAAGAAGAUAUGGAGCUGGAUGAAGUCAGGAACACUGCUGAAUCCAUGGAGAACGAUGAGAAUGCUCAAACUUCAGCUCAGAAUCAGAGUUUUCAUCGACGACUCGACGAACAGUUGGAUAAGAUGGUCGAGGAAGUCGACAAACUUGUUGAUCAGGCCGCGGAUAAAAGAGAAGAGGGUGAUGCGACGGCCGAUGUUGAUGAACUUCUGAAUAUCAAUGACAGCGGGAAUCAACUAUCACCGACCAAGGUCUCAGACGGGCAGAAUGAUUGA